AUGUCUGGAAUAGCCAGCGCAAUAGACAUCGCCACUGCGCGACAGAAUUCCUCUUCACCUCGUAACCAACAAUCCAACCUGACAUCACAGCUUCAACAACCUACAAUCGACGUGCGAAGUAGUACACCUACGACGGAAGAGGUCGCAGCUGAGGCACAAAAUCAAGCCGACAAGUCGAAGCAAGACUCCACCAGCAUGUUCGGUACUACACCAUAUGGCGCACGGCAAAUACCAAUCGCCAAUGGCCAACGGCGCGACAACGCUGGCAUGUCCGGCAGCCUGGUUGGUGGCAUGAGCUGGGGCGGCAUAUCCAUGGGCAGUUUUAUUCGCGACGAUAUCAUGAUGACCGGCACCUCUCCAUACAACUUUCAAUCACCCUCAUUCCACUCUUCCUCAUAUCUUCCCAAAAUGGAGGCGAAUUACAUGAAAGACUACGUUUGCUGCGACAUCCACCUCGAUUCUAUGCACGAGCUUUUGCAGCACUACGAAGAGGCGCACGCCGCACAACCCACACAGACUAUGGGCCGGACUCCCAAAGAUCAGCAAUAUCCCAGCAGCCGUGCUGCAAAUGCCGCAAACACAGCGCAAGGCAUCCAACAGCAGGCACAGGCGCAGACACAACAGAUGGGUCAACUGCAGCCACAUCUGCAACAACAAUUGACUGCUUCGCCUCUCUUCAGCGGUCAAAGCCAGGAUCAGAUAGGUACUUUCGAUAAUCUCGACGACAUGGAUAUGGAUGACAGCGCACCGGCGUCACAGCUCCCGCCCGCACAUGGCAGCAACUUCCAGCCGCAACCGCAAUUUGGUCGUCAACAACCUCGUGGCCCUUCUGUGAAUGUCAACCUCGCCAGCGCCUUCCAGGGUCAAGGCCUCAACUCUGCCACGCCUACCACACCUCAUGCGCCUUCACAAUUUCACGGUUUGCCAAUGCUCACGAACAACCCAACGGUGUCAUCUGUCAACACCCCGUCAUUAACUACUCCAGCUUCUGCACAGCACUCGGGCACACCAGACCCAUCUCAACCUAAUACCCCCGCCGAGCUCGAUCCCGAUCUCCUUGCACAGAUGCAAAGCGCCAACCUCGAUUACGGUCAGCUUCAGAACAAUUAUGAUUUCAGCGGCCUGAACAACGGCAACAACAUUGGUGGGUCUGCGACAAUUGACAAUCCUGAAAAGCGGUUACUGAGUAAACAAGGCUUUGGCAAUAAGGGCUUCCCUGCAAAUUCGUUCAAUACGGGCGAGAUUGCGAAGCGAGUGCGCGAGAACCAGUUGCUUAACGGCCUGGCUGGUGCUGGUGGCUUCGUCGGCGAAGAGAUCAAGCCAUUCAAGUGCCCGGUUAUUGGAUGUGAAAAGGCAUAUAAGAACCAAAAUGGUUUGAAAUACCACAAGCAACACGGUCACCAGAACCAGCAACUCAAGGAGAAUCCCGACGGAACUUUCUCAAUCGUCGAUCCCACCACAUCGAUUCCUUAUCCAGGCACUGUAGGAAUGGAGAAAGAGAAGCCCUACCGAUGUGAGGUAUGCGGGAAGCGGUACAAAAACCUCAACGGACUCAAAUACCACCGACAGCACAGCCCGCCAUGCAACACCGAUCUCAAGCUUAAUGCGGGCACGAUGAGCCCAAUGGGCACGAACCUGCAAAAUAUCAAUGCCAAUGUCGCAGGUGCUGGCCUUGUCGGAAUGAACGAGGCGAUGGGUUACUGA